AUGCGGGACAUCGGCGGCAGGGUGUUGAUCAGGCGGACCCCUGUCAACCAAAACACUACAGCCGAACUUUCAGAGGACACCGAAAUACACCAGGGAUCCUCCACUGUCGAUUGUGUUGUGCAGCAAAAUGCUGGACCCACACGUGCAGAGAACCAACAAAACAAGCGCAUGAAAUGGGAUAAUAAUACCAAUAAACAAGUCAUGCGAUCAUAUUUUAGAGUAACAUCUCUUGAAACUGAUCUGACAAUGUACAGGCAAAGAAUGCAUAAAGACUUUACGGCAGCUCUUCCCCAUUACAAGCAUUUAUCAGAACAAAGAAUAGCAGACCAAAGACGGGCUAUUAUUGCUAGGAACUUACUUCCUGAGUUGGUAAUUAAUCAGAUUAAAGAAGAUAUCCGUAGAGAGCUUUUACAGAGUGGCCCGUCUAACCCGGAUGCCUUUGACCUGGAUAACCUCGAUAGGGAUGGGGAGGGCGAGAUAAAUACCGUAGAUGAAGAAGCAGACAAUAACUAUGAACCCGAUGGCCCAUCACAUGGCCGUACUAAUGGCAUUAUUGACACCAACACCAACCAAUACAGAACACUAAUCCAGAAGAACCUAAUCCAAUAUCGCGGCUCAGAUCCACUACAAAGACCGCGCAUACCUGUGUUACUGUACAAGCCAAACGUUAACUACGUUAUCUCAGCUGUAAAUCAAGAACUAGUAAAACUGUUAGAACAAGAUCCUUCUCUCGAAGACAUUCACCUCCUUGUUUACUGCGGUGCUAGAGCAGUCAUUGAGGGUAAUGGACAGAAAAUAUAUACUAGUAACACCCGGGCUGAAAAGUCCCAAGAUAUUAGAGAACCGCCUUGGCAGAUUCGUCUUAAACGGAAGAUUGAGAACCUCAGAAAGCAAAUAGGCAAAACACAACAAUUGUCAAUGGGAAAUAAUAAACCGCGAAUACUUCAAAGCCUACCACCAGCAAUCUAUUACCAGAUUUCGCAUUCCAAUCCUGCCCAAAAAGAUAGUGUCAUUCGCGAUUACCUUGACAGUCUUAAGCAGCGAUUAGCUGCAUUAACCAAACGAUUAAAGCGAUACACGGAAAGCCACAAGCGCAAAACAGACAACAAACGCUUCAGACAAAGUGAGAGACAAUUCUAUAGGGAUCUUGAUAAAAGUAAAAAGCCCGAGCUUCGAAAUGCUCCCACCCCUGAAGCUAUACAACAAUUCUGGACUGGUAUAUGGGGCGUGGAUACAAAACAUAACGAACAUCAAACAUGGAUUGCGGAGGAGACGAGGAAGUACGAAGACAAGAAAAUGAAUCCAGUAACUUUUUCAGAAAAGGACAUUCGAGAUACCGUUAGCACACUUGCAAACUGGAGAGCCCCAGGACUGGAUGGUGUACAUAAUUUCUGGUUUAAAAAGUUUUCAUCGCUUCACGAAUAUAUGGCAACAUGUUUCAACAACAUCCUUCAAAAACCAGAAACAAUGCCAAAAUUUAUGGCCAGAGGAUAUACCUACCUUCUCCCGAAGAAUGAAAACUAUGAUGAUCCCUCAAUGUACCGUCCUAUUACCUGCUUACCAACCUUAUACAAAAUACUUUCAGCUAUUAUUUCAAACAAGACAUAUACUUACCUUGAGGAGAACAACAUCUUAACUCCAGAGCAGAAAGGAUGCAGGAAGCGAGCAAUAGGAUGCAAGGAACAGGCGGCCAUAGACGCAGUAGUACUAGAACACUCCAGAAAGAAAAACAGAAAUCUUAACAUGGCAUACAUCGAUUACCAAAAGGCAUUCGACUCUGUCCCUCAUACCUGGUUAAUGCACGUGCUUAAAUUUACGGAAUCAAUGAAAAUAUUUCAACCUUCUUGA